ACACGCAGGCCACGUGGCGGCGCUCGCGCGCGCGUGACGUCACAUGGCGAUUACGUCACCGCGCGGAACCAGCAUGGCCGCCGCCGACCCGCGGUGAGGAGGAGCCGCUCUGUCCUCCUCCUCCACCUCCUCCUCCUCGUCCCUUUAUUUAUUCGCCGUUAUUGCCAAGGAGCCGCGGCGACACCGACAUGGAGAAGAGAAGCCGCUCGGAUUCGGACGCCGCGGAGAACGCGCAUCACAGUGGUGCCCCAUGAUGUAACAUCAUGCCAUGCUCGAUGCUGAAGACCACGGAACGACUUCUAAAUUCAGCUUGAGUGCCUUUUCAUCGACCCAGUCAGAGAGGCCACAUCGGGGCAGCGCCUCCUCCGGGUCUGGAGAAAGCCACUCAUCAGACGGCAAAAUGAGACCCCCUCCUCGGGGACACGUCCGCUGGCAUUCGAUCGCGACUCCGGGCCUAGCCACACUCACCGCUCACUCCACUCACAUACAGCCGUUUUGUGACGGCAGUUGGGGCUCUAUCAUCAAAGACAUGCCCCUGCUACCUGGAGAAUCUGUAAAGGCUGAAGAGCCGGGUGUGACCUACCUCUGUCCUUACGCUGGCAAACUGCGCGGGACACUCGUCAUCACCAGCUACAGGCUCUACUUCCAGAGUAAAGAGCGGGAGGAGGAAGGCUUGCCAUUCACUCUGGAUGUUCCGCUGGGGGUGGUGAACCGCAUAGAGAAGGCCGGGGGGGCUUCGAGUCGAGGAGAGGAUGCCUACCGCUUGGAGGUCACGUGCAAGGAUCUGAGGAACCUGCGCUUUGCACACAGGCAGGAAGGCCACUCUCGCCGCAAGGUGUUUGACACGCUCGUCAAGUUCGCGUUUCCCCUCUCGCAUAGCAUGCGGCUGUUUGCUUUCGAUUACAAGGAGCGGUUCCAUGAGGAUGGCUGGAAGAUAUAUGACCCCGAAAAGGAGUAUCAGCGACUGGUACGGGGCAUGGACAACCCACCGUGGAAAAUAUCGAAGCUGAAUGAAUCGUACGAGCUGUGCGACACCUAUCCGACGGUGCUUGUGGUGCCGCGCAACGCGACGGAUGACGACCUGCGACGCACUGCGGCCUUCCGCUCACGGGGACGACUGCCCGUGCUGUCGUGGCUACACCCCAGGAACCUGGCUUCGCUCACGCGCUGCAGCCAGCCGCAGGUGGGAGUGAGCGGCAAGCGGAGCCGUGAGGAUGAGCGCUACCUGCAGCUGAUCAUGAUGGCGAACGCGAGCCAAUCGCGGCGACUCGCCAUCUAUGACGCGCGCCCAGGUGUCAAUGCAAUCGCCAACAAGGCAAAAGGUGGUGGGUAUGAGACGGAAGAGGCCUACCCAUUUGCCGAGUUUGUCUUCCUGGACAUUCACAACAUCCACGUGAUGCGGGAGAGCCUGCGCAAGCUCAAGGAACUGGUGUUCCCCACCGUCACCGAGUCGCGCUGGCUUUCCAGUCUGGAGGCCACACAUUGGCUCGAGCACAUAAAGGCUGUGCUGUCGGGCGCCAUCCAAAUAGCGGAGAAGCUGGAGCUGGAGCGCACGUCGGUGCUGGUGCACUGCUCGGACGGCUGGGACCGCACGGCGCAGCUCUCUGCGCUUGCCAUGCUCCUCCUCGACCCCUACUACCGGACGCUUCGUGGCUUCGAGGUGCUCGUCGAGAAGGAGUGGGUCAGCUCGGGGCACAAGUUCCAACAGAGAGUGGGGCACGGAGACAAGAAUCACGCCGACUCGGACCGCUCACCGAUAUUUCUCCAGUUUGUCGACUGUGUGUGGCAGCUUACGAAGCAGUUCCCAACGGCAUUUGAAUUUAACGAGCGCUUUCUGAUCAUGCUUCUGGACAACCUGUACAGCUGCCUUUAUGGCACCUUCAUGGGCAACUGUGAGAAAGGCAGGCGGCAGGAGAGGACUCGUGAGAAGACGGUGUCGCUGUGGUCCAUGGUGAACAGCCGGCAGCAAGAGUUUAUAAGCCCUCUGUAUGACCGGGAAUACACACGCGUGCUCACGCCUGUGCACAGCAUGAGGCAGCUCCAGCUGUGGGUCUCCUACUACAUCCGCUGGGACCCCAUCGCUCAGCUUCCGGACCCCGUGGAGGAGCUAUGCAGCAAUCUGCUAGCCAAACGGGAGGAGUUGAGCAGGAAGGUGCAGCAGCUCGAGCUUCGUCUGGCCAACCGUGCAACCUCCCCGUCUUACAACAGCACGGCGCGUCCUCUGCGUGCCUCCGACCCGCGGCUCUACGACCCGCACGUGUCCAACAACUCUCGGCCACCUCACAAUUCUUCAGCAAGGCCGGAAAGAUAUCAGCCUGCGCCCGGGUGGCACCACAACUCCGUAGACCUCGGCGCAGCGAACAACGCGGAACGUCCCCACCACCGCACGUCUCCUCAGCCUCGCCAGCAUCCAAACACCAACCACUCAAACUCUGGCCUCCACGCAGAGCGGCAGGACUACAACGCAGCGCACGGGAUGCCCAAUGCGGGCCUGAAUGUGCCUAGGCUCACGACCGUGGGCUGCUCUGUUUUUUAUCCCGAACAGGAGAUGGCAAGGGAUGGGGCGUACACCGAGGGGGAGUCCCUGAUACAAUCGUCGAGGUUUUGAGCCCCCCCCCCCCACCUUUGCUGAGUGGGAGCUGAAGCAAGCCUCUCUUCUCAACGGACUCUUAAUAUCAAACGCCAGUUAAUUUUGCACAUGGUAAGCACGAAUGAAGUCUGAUGCAGAAAACGUGGAAAUGAAUCCAUAAGGGAAAUUUCAGUAUGAUUUGUUUAGCUCUACGGCAUUUUUGAAUCUGCGAGGAAAUGUCGUUAAGCCGUCGGGUUAUUUUAGUAUAAUGGUAUUGCAUUUUUAUUGCACUGGUGGAAAGUCCACUACAGAGGGCAUUUUGCCAGACAAACUGACAGCAGCAGCAGCAUCAUCAUUGCAGAUAUCAAAAAAUGUCAGUAUAUACGCCAAAAGAAACGGCAUCCAUAUUAGAUGACAAAUUGGAGAGGUAGGGGGGAAACUCUUGGACAUUUUGAAAGUGUGUCACUGUGCCGGCAAUGCCGAUAUUCACCGUCUUGUACAGAACAGAUCCCGGUGCUUUUUACAGAUUGGGUGCUUUGUGGCCAUGACUUUGAAUGUCGAACUUAAAAGGGGACUGUCGUCUGCAAGAGCGUUUUGAGAGUGCGAUUUAUGCAAUGCCGAGCUGUGGAUUGAAAUGGGAAUGUAGAUAUUCAUCACUGACACUAAAAAUGCAUCGAGCCGACGACGCGUGAGUUGGACAUUCACUGUACAGUGUAAAACGCGUCGUGCGCGCGUUCUUGAUCUUCCAUAAUGUAAAUACGUACUUUUGAGUAACUCAACGUGGACAUGUGGCCGUGUGGUUCAUUAACGGAACAUUAAAGGGCGGAUAUGUAUUAACUGUGGUUGCUGCUAUGGAUAUUCUGUUUCAUUCUCACCUGAAAUUUCUGUUAUAAAAUAAUGCAGUGGCAAUUUACUUGAGAUAUGUCUAGGCUUUUGCUUUUCAUAUAGUGCCUGCGCCACUUACCAUGUGGUGUAAAGGUAACGGGGCCCUGCAAUUACUUAUGCCACUGCUGGUAGAAGGGGCCUUGACGAUCAGCAUGUCGUGUGCCAUGUGGUAAAAGCUCUUUGCACGUAGCCAUCCACUGAGCACUUGUUUGCCAAACAAACCUCAUGCGUGGACUUAUAAACAUUCAAAAUAUAUUAUCCAUCACGUGUACUCGUGUUUUCCACGGUAAAAAGGUUACCCAAAAAAUGUCAUUUCCAUCAGUAUCUCCCACUGGAAUGUCACUUGAAAACUGAUCAUUGAUUUUUUUUUUAAAGGAGACCAUUGAAUUGCGACAUGUGCCUCAAAUUUUACUAUUGAACGAUAUUAUUUGAUUUGAUUAUUUUGGUGCCGUUCCUUAUAUUCAUCCAUAAACAACCAGGCUAGAGUGAAACAGAGUAUCGAGCAGCCAAAUAUUUGCUAAAGCUGCCUUUGGCAACGUCUUGUGAUGUGGAGGAUCGUAUCUUAAUUCACUUCCAGAAUGACAGCUCACAAAUCUGUUUUCAAAAAGACUUAAUCAGAUCCUACAGGAAACUACAGACGUCUUUGAAAGUUACAAGAGAAUGUCCACAGUUACAACCAUAUUUACAGUUAUAGAAUUGGCAUUCAAACAUUCCAAAUCUUGUUUACAAGUUAUUUUAGUUUGAAAAACUAUCGCACACUUACCAGAAUAUUGUAUCAAUAGGUGCCAUUUGUGCAAUGAAACCAUGGCAACCAAUUUGGCAGCUUUAAAAAAAGUAUGCAAAAACAUUCAAUGAGGUACAGACGAAAUGGUGGCAUGCGCGGGAUCUAUUAAGUUACCAAAUCCAAACAUGCAUUUCUUAUCACCAUCUGGGAUCUGGAUCUGUUAUAUACACCCGCCCUUUAAUUGUGUGCAGGAAAAACAAAUAGGUGAAUGAUUUAAAAAAAUAUAUUUAACCGUGUGCAUGAAGUGCUCGCAAUUUGUGUAACUGGGGUCUCCAACUAUGCCAAUAUCAAGUGCCUCUUCCGACGUUCAGCGAAGGUGACUUUUAGUCUCCAACUGGUUAACCCCCCCAUCGCCGCGACCUUUUUUGAACAGCCCCGCCAGGAUAGAUUUUCUAGUCGCACCGAGCUGCACUCUGCUAUAUUCAACGUUGCAGCCCCGGAUUGAAAUGAACUCUGGCACUCGUACGAUUAAUUUAUCUGUGCUGCUCAUUGCUCCCUCUUGUCGGCGAGCCAAGGAAGAAGUGGUGGUUACGUUCAUUAAUAUGCAAAACGCUUUCUGUAAUACGAUCAAAGAAAAGCACUCGUGUAGAGCAAAUUGUUAGGCAGAAAUAGUUUUGGCAGAAAUAGUUUUGGCUUUAAUACGUAAAAAUUACGCCUCGAAAUAGGUUAUAAAAAUGUACUGGGAGUUUGCGAUUUGUCAUGAUCUUGUCGUAAGCAUGUUGGGGCACUGUUUAUGUGCGAGCCUUGUAACGUUGUAAAGCGACGAUAAGCUAAAUGUGUAGCAGCUACUGUAUACGCAUGUUCGAAUAUAACCCUGUAUGCAGUUACAACCACCAUCCAUCGUAAGCUGGUCAAUUAAUCAAACAAGGAGACCAGUUGGUGUUAUUCACGUGAAGAAGCAACAGCUAUCAUCGGUUCCGUUGGUUCUUCUUGUAUGGAAAUGGGGUAGUGAUCAGUGUAAUAUUUAUAAACUGUUAUGUUUAUAAAUAACUUACAAGUUGGCAGUCUAGUAUCUAAACUAUAUGGCUGGGUGAUCAUGGAAAUGUGCAUAACUAGAUACCUUUCGGAUAUAUAGAUUAAAAAGCUGGUCACUUAACAUAACUACUUGAACAAUAAAUACAUGGUUUGUGAGAUUUUAACACCUACCUGCUCCAGACAAAUAUCCACCAGUCUUUAGUUCCACGUCGACUUGAAGAUUUAUCUCAAGUUAGCUGCUGUUGUGUCCUUUGUCCCCAUGUCGAUGAAAGGCGCAUGAUUGACUUCACUUAAACAGUCGUUCGUAUCUUUCCAAUGGCAAUAAAAUGCCCACCAAAGUAACACAACUGCACUUUGCUGCUCAACGUUGUCUAACGUUGCUCGGCAGGAUGACCAUGUCCUCUUCAAAGUGAAUAUACAUUGGCUUUUGUGUUCACUCAAAACGCGAUGUGUGCCCUUGAUAACAUUACAAUACUGUGGAGGUGCCUGUCAUAGCACGUUUGCCGAGUACACAUUACGGUACACAUAGAAUAACUUGCAUGUGCCGAGCAUGGCUCAGCUUCAGAGCUGUGUUUUGCAGUCACAUUGUGCUGUACAUUCAAGCAUGUGGAAUUGGAAACGAUGCAUUGACUUGGUAAAACCAGCUGUGGUUGGUUAGUUUGUGAUGGGUUUGUUAUGCAGAGCUGCGUGUAUGGGGCUGCUUGCCAAAUCCAAUUGCAGUUGUAAUCGUGGUCACGAAUUGGAUAAAUUCCUUCCUGGGACACUUGGUUAAUUGGUUGCACUUUUCGAUUCGGCAUUUCUUCACUGUCCCUAUUUUAAUUUUCAGCAACAGUACUUGUGUCACCUUGACCAAUGUGCACACACUUUUUUUUUAAUCGUUGAUGAAAGUUGUUUCUGUAAAAAGACUUGAUAUCGCAUAUGUUGUCUGUUAAGAUGCAUUUUUAUAUUUGUUGUAAGUUGAGAAUUACCAAAAAAAGUGGCUAACAAUGAGACAAUGCACAAUUAGUGUUUUGUAUUAUCCGUUAGUAGCCAAAAUGUAAAAAAAUCACAUGAUUAUAACUGAGGAACGUGAUUGAAAUAUUUGAAAUUUGUUGUUCCCACUUCAGUAUAUGUCAUUCAGUAUAUAAGUAAAUUAAAUGUCUUCAAAGAUAGACCUGUAAAAAAAGCGUUAUUUUUGACAACACACAAAUUGCUUAUAUGAAAAAUUGAAUUUCAUAAAAAAUGGGAUUUUUUAUGGUAUGCAAUUUCAAUCUGUACAACCCACGAUUUUGCGACGUUAUUAUUCACAUUUAUGAAGUAUAAAUGUGAUGUUUUGUGUGUACUGUAGACAUGUGUUUAUGUAGGCAUUGAUGACACUUCGUCGGAGCUUCCUGAACAGUGCAACGAUGACAAUACAAGCAGAAUUGCCUUCUCUACAGAAUGUGUGUAAAAGUUAGUUACCGUUUUUAAACGUUGAAAUGAUUUUUUGUUUGUUGCCUUAUUGCGCCAAUUGAGUGCUGAGUGCCCAUACAGAUAUAUUAUUUGCUUCAGAAAUAUUUAUUUAGAGAAAAAAACGGUUAAUAUGGAUUAAUAAAGGGUUUUUGAGGACUGUU